AUGCACUCCUCCAACAGCUCCCAGGAGCCCCAAAGUAACGGGACCCCGGGGCCUUUCGAUGGCCCCCAGUGGCCCCACCAGGCCCCGCGGGCCAUGUACCUGUUGGUGGCCGUGCUGAUGGGCAUCGUUGUGGUGUCUGCCUCGGUUGUGAACGGCCUGGUCAUCGUGGUGUCUGCCAGGCACAAGAAGCUCCGGUCGCCCCUCAACUACAUCCUGGUCAACCUGGCCGUGGCCAACCUGCUGGUGACGCUGUGCGGCAGCUCUGUCAGCUUCUCCAACAACAUCAACGGCUUCUUCGUGUUCGGCAGACAGCUGUGUGAGCUGGAGGGCUUCAUGGUCUCCCUGACAGGCAUCGUGGGGCUGUGGUCGCUGGCCAUCCUGGCCUUCGAGCGCUACGUUGUGGUCUGCAGACCCCUGGGCAAUUUUCGGUUCCAGCACCGGCACGCCCUCAGCGGCUGCGCCUUCACCUGGAGCUGGUCACUGCUCUGGACCACCCCACCGCUCCUGGGCUGGAGCAGCUACGUGCCUGAAGGUCUGAGAACCUCUUGCGGUCCCAACUGGUACAGCGGUGGCAGCAAUAACAACAGCUACAUCUUGGCCCUGUUUGUCACCUGCUUUGUGAUGCCCCUCAGCCUGAUCCUCUUCUCGUACACCAACCUGCUGAUGACCCUGCGAGCGCGGGGCAGCAGCAGGGAUCAGACACCGUAAUCAGACACGACACAGCAGGCGGAGCGGGAGGUGACGCGCAUGGUGAUCACGAUGGUGGUGGCCUUCCUCAUCUGCUGGCUGCCCUACACCACCUUUGCCCUGGUGGUGGCCACCAACAAGGACAUCACCAUCCAGCCCGCUCUCGCCUCCCUGCCCUCCUACUUCUCCAAGACAGCCACGGUUUACAACCCCAUCAUCUACGUCUUCAUGAACAAACAGUUUCAGAGCUGCCUGCUGAAGAUGCUGUGUUGCGGGUACCACUGCUGGGGGGCCCGAAAAAUCACUGCAACUGCCCCUGGCCCCCACAAGGGCAUCGCUGCUGAGGGGCUGCGGAACAAGGUGGCACCGGCUCAGCCUGUCUAA